AUAUGGUGUGGUUGGCAGCACUGGUGAUGGUGGUGGGAGCGGCUGGUCUUAUAUUGUCUUAUUUUGGCUGUUUUGUCCACCUAGCUCAUCAGGAAGCUGUAAACUAGUACUUGCUAGCUGUAGUGUGGAUGAAGAGUGGAGAGAGGGUUGAUUUGGGCCUACUGCGCUGAGGUGGAUGACUGGUUUUUGUGCUGAUGUGGAUGAGUGUAUUAUGAUGGCUGACAGAGAGAAGCUAGUAAAAUAUGAACAUUUCGUAAACAAUGUUUUAAGGGAAGAUUUAAGAAUUCUGUUGGAGGAUCGUGAAAAGUUGUACGAAAACAUAGCUGCACUCUCCCAGCUUAAACAGAUCAUAAUUUGCAUUAGUGAAGACCCGCAUGAGGAAGGGUUACGUACACAAGUUGAUCUCGGCUCCAACUUUUAUAUUCAGGCCCAUGUGCCAGAUGUGUCACGCAUAUAUGUGAAUGUUGGCUUAGGCUUUCACAUUGAAUUCACAUUAAAGGAAGCACUGACAUUUAUAGAUAAGAAACUUGGAAUUUUGAAUGAAAAAUUGUCUGAAUCCUCAAAAAAAUCUGCAAAAAUUAAAGGGCAAAUCAGAUUAUGUUAUGAGGCAAUUGGAGAAUUACAAGCACUUGACAAAACUAAGCUCACCUUGAUAUGCAAGAUGAAGGUGAAUAAGAGGGAUGUUCCUUUAAAAGCUGUAAAUAUUAAUAUAACAAAGGUUUGGAUCAUAUCUGUUUUUGCUAAUUUUAUACUUUGGUUACUGCCUAUAUUUUUUGGAAAGUAUACUGAUGUGUUAUUUCCUUAUAUUGCCCAUAAUGACAUUACACAGGAAUUAGUGGGCCUCAUAGGGCCGACAGAAAAUAAAUUUCGUAUGUGUCCUGUAGUAUCUCCCUAUCUCCAAAACACAUUAAGGCUGCUCGACAACAAUGUAGAUUCACUUGUAGAUGAAGAAAUUUUAAUGAAUAAUGACAUACAGGCUGGUGGUGUAUGGGAACCAAGUGACUGCAACUCAAGGUACCAUGUGGCGUUAAUAAUUCCAUAUCGUAACAGAAGUCAGCAUCUACAGCAGUUCUUAACUUAUAUGCACCCAUUCCUCGUAAGACAACAGUUGAAAUACAGAAUUGUAGUUGUGGAGCAGGCAGAAGGUGUUGCCUUUAACCGUGCUAAGUUGUUCAACAUCGGCUUUGUAGAGACACUGAAACUAUCUAAGGCAGACUGUUUUAUAUUUCAUGAUGUUGAUCUCUUGCCACAAAAUGACUAUAACAUAUAUGCCUGCACUCAUCACCCAAGACACAUGUACUCAGCUGUUGAUACUCUAAGAUAUCAUCUUCCAUACCGCAGGCUGUUUGGAGGAGCAGUUGCCAUGCAGCAAGUUCAUUUUAAAAAAGUCAAUGGUUUUAGCAAUAAAUUUUAUGGCUGGGGAGCUGAAGAUGAUGACAUGUAUAAUAGAAUUGAACAAGUAGGGCUAUCUGUUAUUCGCUUUGAUCCAAGAGUAGCAUCUUAUGUUAUGCUGUCUCACUCCAGUGUUUGGAGAACUGAAGGUCGUCUUGAGAAGCUUCAAGAUAACAAAGAUGAUAGUGAAGAUGGUUUGUCAAGCCUAUCAUAUCAUGUUUUGGAUAAAAAAGAAAGAUCACUUUAUACAUGGUUCCUAGUUUCUUGUUAAUUUUUAUAUUAUUGUGACUGUAAUUGAUGAUUAUGAAAUUAAUUGAUUUGACCUUUUUUGUAUUGGUGAAUGUACUGUGUAUAAAAAUUUUAGCCAUAGAUAUACAGUACUAUAGUUUCUAAAAUCAGCAAAUUGUAAUGGCUUUUAACAUCAGUGUACUAAUGGCAAGUUUAACAGAAUUUAAUAAAAUGAUUAUAUAAAUUUA